ACUCAGCCAGUUGCUUCGGGACAGUCAUCGCAUUAACACAUUGCUUGAAAGUGCUGCCGUCGGGGUUUUUGUAUCCCAUUUUAUCCAUUAUCCAUAUACCGAAAAACAGAGGAAAAGAACGCUUAACCGGUUGUUUAUUCUGGCGUUUCUGCACAUUUCUCUCUGCAAGUUGCGUUUUGUGGAUUCUUUGUGAAAGAGUCAAAAGUGAGAGAGGAAAAGAAAAUCCAACUCACACGCGUUCAAACUAAUCGCGUCACAGAGGAUCAGAUUAAAAGUCGGGGAAACGGUACCGAUCGGACUACGUGUUAUUUGUACAACGCAUAAGAAGCUGUGAUUUUUUUUUUGCACAAAUUUUAGAAAAAAACAUACAAUUAGAUGUGAGACUAGCUCCUAGCGUGAGGCUAUAAAUAGGACUUCAAUUCAAACAUCUUUUUUGAACAUAACGUACGCAAAUCGGGUGACACCCUGAGAUAGUGAAAAAAGGUUGGAAUAUUGUUUCAUCGCGUUAUCAUUUUGUGAGUGUCAAGUUUGUCCUGAUAAUCGCACUGUAUUGGUGAUAAGCAAAUACUUUGUACUGAUAGCGCGCUGAGAGGAAAUCAAUCAUGCACUCGAUGUUUAUAAAGGCCCGAUCAGAAACCGAUAUGCGUGACAUUGCGGCGCGGAUUUGCCGGGACUACCUGACCGGUGCGUGGAAGACCAUUCCGGCCGAGGACCUGCAGCUGAGGCGAAUCAGCGGCGGCCUGUCGAACUUUCUUUAUUACGUCAGCCUGCCCGAGGACCAUCAGCAGCGAAGUGACACGCCCCGGUCCAAUUAUUCUAGCGGCAGCAGCAGCUCCAAGCGGGCCCGCAAGGACAGCUACUCGAGCAUGCUAGAGCCGAAGGAGGUAAUGCUCCGCAUCUAUGGUCAAACUCAUGGCGAGCACGCACUGGAAACCAUGCUUACCGAGUCGGUUGUAUUCACACUUUUGAGCGAACGAAAACUAGGUCCAAAACUGCACGGCAUCUUCCCAGGUGGCAGAAUCGAGCAGUACAUUCCGGCACGUGCGUUGAAAACAGCCGAGUUGGGUGAUUCGAAAAUUUCAUUGAAGGUUGCGGAAAAAAUGGCCGCGAUUCACAGUUUGGACAUUCCGGUUUCCAAGGAGCCCGAUUGGCUGUGGAGCACGAUGAACCGCUGGCUGAACAGCAUGGAGAGCACGCUGAAGACUUUGGAAAAGGAUCAAGCAAACGACAAUAAGGCGAUUGCUGGGCAGGAAAUUAUCACGAGGCUAGAUUUUCGAGCGGAAGUCGAGUGGCUCAAGUCGGUCAUCGAGAGGGAGGACCACCCGAUCGUUUUCUCGCACAAUGACCUGCAGGAGGGUAACAUCCUGUUGCGGGAAGACUGUUCUCCGGCGAGUGUCGUGGAAGGUUUUUGCACCCUGGAUCAAUUCGAUGAAUCCACGCAGUUAGGCUCACACUUUAGCUCAAUUUUAAUUUCCAAUUCCACUAGCAGCAGCAACAGUGGCAGUGUGGCUAGCCUUAAAUCCAACGGUGUCGAUCGUGCAUCCGUUGGCGGUGAAGUGGUAGUUCAUCACGAAGACUGCAACAAAAAUUCUAGGAAGCGAUCCAUGUGUGAAAACAUUGAAAGUGAGCUGGACAACACGAGAGACUCGGUGCUCAGUGGAAAUUCCCAAGCUCUCUCGGACCAACCCUGUGAUGGCGAACCGCAACUUAUGAUUAUAGAUUUUGAAUAUUGUGCCUACAACUAUCGCGGAUUCGAUUUGGCAAAUCACUUUCUCGAGUGGACGUUCGAUUACACCAAACCAGAUGGGCCUUUCUACUACCACAAGCCGGAGCAGUUUCCCACCGCAGAGCAACAGGACAAGUUCAUUGCAGUUUAUUUAGAGAAAUCUAGCUGCUGCGGGGAAGCGGCCCCGAGCGCCGAGGACAUUGCGGAAGUUCGACGAGAAGUGCAGUGCUUCACUUUGGCAUCGCAUCUGUUCUGGAGCUUCUGGGCCAUCGUGAACAUGUACCAGGAGAUUGAGUUUGGAUACCUGGAAUAUGCAGUUUGCCGACUGAACGAGUACGUAAAAGCUAAGAAGCAGUACUCGGAGCUGAUCAACAACUCGGGAAAUUCACCCACCAAGGACAGCGAGAAGUAAAGGCUCGGGCACCUUCUGAUCAUCGGUACAAACACACUCGACAUAAAUCUUCAACUAGUGAAAAACAAAACCCAAGCAUUCGCCGGGUCCACCGUUACAGGGGAGGAAUAGCGGAUGGUGCUGAUCUGCGGGUGAAGUGCUUCGCCCGUUCCACCGGUGAUAAGAACCAAGUUCCGACGGCAAAGUGUGCUUACACUCAACAAAAAAAAGUGAGAGUCUAGCGGCACGAGAUGGAUAUUAAAUUUAAUGACGAAUCGUACCAGUAUUAGAGGCUCACAGAACCACACAGUAGAGCUGUACUAUGUAUGUUUCACAGGCAGGACUUAAGUUUGCACGCAGGUCGAGGGUUUCAACAAUGUAAAUUGAUGUUAUUUUAUAUAUGUUUUAAGAGAUAUUUUUUUCUUUUUGUCCAGUGUUCACCAUUUUAAAAGUGACCUUUUUCAAAUAUAUACUCCACUUAUUUUCCCUAUUUAUAAAUUCAAAACAGUUGAUAGAUUCACUUUAGAUUUACGUGUGGCAAAGGUAGGCGUUAGAUGCCGAAGAGUAUAGAUUGAUCACGACUGAUUGUAGCUAGAUAGAAGAACGAAUUGAAAAGUAAAUUUAACCUUAUCAUAAUGAUGAUAUUUGAGCUCCGUUUGUCGUUCUAAUACCCGUAGCAACAUCGGCCCUUACUCUAGUUGUAAAAAUCAUAAACAUAUCAUUGAAAUUUUCUUAGAAAUGACGAUACAAGGUAAAAAGUGACUAGAAAACCCAAUGCAAGUAUUUUCAAUGCAAUUUGUUCUAUGUUUUUGAUAAUUUCAAAACUAACAAUGAAAACAAAUUUGGAAAAGUAUUUGCAAUGGACCAAGUGUGAUGAAAGUAAUAUUGAAAGCCAAAACUUCGACUUAACUAAAUAUAAUACAUCCCACUGUGCUUGCGUUGCACGAAACACAAUGUGUAAUUGUACUUUAAAUUUACACGAUAUUGUACGCACCACCGCAAGUGCAACCAACAGCAAUGAAUUACUUCGGCUCACGUGAAUCUGAAAUUUGAAAGCAUUCUAAAUUACAAUCAUCGUCUUCGAAAUUUUCUGGAGUGCGUACCAAUUUCGUGAGAAAUGUGAUAGUAAUGUAAGACUCGGUUCUAGUUGUUGUAUACCCACAAUACAAACAGGAAAAAGAGCAAGCCUAAUCAGCUCCAUGUUUCGAUAACAAAGCAAAGGUAGGAAUAAAUGCGAUAAAUGUGAAAGUAGUUAAACCUAUUUUUAGCCUUCUCUUAAUAAAUAUCUGAAAUUAAAAAAAAAA